AUGAGCGGUUCUAAGGAAGAGUCUAUGCUCACGCAGAUCCUACAUGGAAUCUCGGAUCUGCGUCGAGAAGUUCAUCGGGUAUCGGAACGUCUGGAUGUGCUUGAGAAUGGCCAAUUCCCAACGACACCUACCGUACCUAUGUUCUCGCCGAGCAUGUCGCCAGGUCGUCGCAACAAUAGCAGCUAUGCUGCAUACCAGUCGUCGCUCAACAGCUGGAACCCUGAGCGUGCGCGUGCUGCCACUGUGGCGAUCCCCACGAUUGGGCUGCCGCCUACGAAGCUCAAGGCUACCGACCCUUCGCUGGGCCUGUGGGUCGUCGUGCCGGCUGGUGGUGCGGGUACGCGUCUCUGGCCUCUGAGUCGUGAGAGCUGCCCCAAGUUCCUGCUGGACUUGACAGGCGGUGGUCGUACGCUGAUUCAAAAUACGUGGGACCGUCUCCUGCCGUUGUCUGGUGUGGACAAGUUUAUGGUGGUCACUGGUCAAAUGCACGUUGAGGCCGUGUCGGAGCAGUUGCCACAGCUGGUGCCCGACAAUGUGUUCGCAGAGCCUUCACCGAAAGAAUCGAUGGCGGCUAUUGGUUUGGCGGCCGCUGUCCUUGUGCGUCGUGAUCCCGAGGCUGUGUUGGGCUCGUUUGCAGCGGAUCACAUUGUGUCAGGUCGUGAUGCCUUCGAGUCGUCUGUUCGCGAGGCUGUGGCCGUGGCCAAGGAGGGCUUCCUGGUCACGAUCGGUAUUGCGCCGUCGCAUCCGUCCACAGGGUUCGGUUACAUUAAGCUGGGUGAGAGCCUUGAGCUGGAGGGAGCGCCGAACGCUCACAAGGUGCUGGAGUUCAAGGAGAAGCCGGAUGCUCGUACAGCGAGUGCGUACUUGAGCACGGGUGAGUACCGCUGGAAUGGUGGUAUGUUCGUUGUCAAGGCCAAGACUCUCAUGUCGCUCAUGGAGGCCUAUGUGCCUGAGCUGUGUGCGGGUCUGAACACGAUUGCGGAUGCGUGGGACACGCCGAGCCGCUCGAUUGUGCUCAAGGAAGUGUGGCCGACGCUGCCAAAGAUUGCGAUUGACCAUGCGGUGGCUGAGCCUGCGUCCAGGGUCGGCAAAGUGGCUGUGGUCCCUGCUACCUUUGGUUGGGACGAUGUGGGUGACUUUGCAUCGCUUUCGGAUCUGAUUCCUGCGGAGAAGAACGAGGCGCGUGUCCUGGGUGACCCGUCGCUGGUCGUCACAGAAGGCCAGGUAGGUGGUAUCGUGGUACCUGCGUCGGGCCGCAAGAUUGCAUGCUUGGGUAUGGACGAUGUCGUCGUGGUCGACACUCCGGAUGCGCUUCUGAUCACCACGCGUGCGCGUAGCCAGGAUGUCAAGAAGAUCGUGGCCAAGUGCAAGAAGAUGCACCCUGAACUGUGCUAG